AUGGCAUAUGAUAUUUAUGAAGAUGUUGACGACACAACUGUUCCUGCAAGUGAAGUAAAGUCAGAGAAACCGAAAAGUGACGAAAAACCGAUAGAAGAAGAAAAACCAAAAACUGAAGAUAAACCAAAACCAAAGUUUAGUUUCCAAACUAAACCAAGUCAACCUUCAUUAGCUGGUAUGGGUUGGCGUCAAAGACUUAUGGCAGCAGGCGGUUAUGUAAAAUAA